GCGAUUUCACACUUUCCCAUUCCCAAUCCUACACACAAGCGCAAAUGAUGUCCGCAACACACUCCCGCAAACGCAAACCCACAACGGACGACGACGACGCCAUCAUCGGGCUCGCCAGCUCGUCCUCCUCAUCGAGCCUCAAACCGGCAACCAAGAAACGGGUGCGGAUCGGCGGGGCAGAGUUCCAGGAUGCUCCUGCGUAUCCCCCAGCUGGGUUCGGGGGGGACGACGAGGAGGAUGAUCAGGAGGAGGAUUUGGAGACGAAAAAAGGCCGUCGCGGAGCCGUCAACCUCGACGGCUACGACAGCGAAUCCGACUCGGACUCGGACAGCGGUGCCCCAGCCGCCGGCGGCGAAGACGACGACAUGUUCGGCAGCACGUUCGAAACGCCGCAGCAGAAAAAGAAAAAGAAGAACGAGCCGACCUUCCUCAAACGCGACCAUAUCGAAGGGCAAGAGUGGGGUGACGACACUAACGGAGAUAUGGAUGAGGAUGAGGGUGAUGGGGCCGAUGGGGCGGAGGUGGGAGCAAAAGUGAAGAUAACACCCUUCAACAUGGAUGAAGAACUCGAAGAAGGGGAUUUCGACGAGAGCGGGCAUUAUAUCCGCAAGAAGGAUGAGCUGCAGAUGCAUGAUAAUUGGUUGCAGGGGGUGACGAAGGAUCAGAUCGAGAAGGCAAAAGCAGCACAAGAAAAACAACUCGCCCAAUCCACAACCACCUCCGACGACGCAGAACUGGACACGAUAACCGACCCGAACCAUCUAUGGCUAAAAGCGAUACAUUUGAUGAAGCCGGGGGAGAAUAUACCCAAGGCGUUGAGACGGCUCGCGGGGCCGAAGACGGCGAAGGCGAGGUGGAAGAAGAAUGCCAAGAAGGGUGGGGAGGGGACGGGGAACGGGGAUGGAGUGGACCCCAAGGCAGCCGAAAACGCCAAAUCAGUCGCCCAACUCACGUCGUAUGUCGACAAGCUGAUGGGGUUGGGUGUCCUAGACGCCUACGACCUCCAAUAUGAAGCCGUCGUCCGACAACUCCGCGCCGCGGAUCUGUUGUACGAGGAUUGGCAGCCGCCCGUCGAAUAGAGGCAUCGCACGUCACAUGUCCUCUCCUCACAUACUCCUCCCCACCACCACCUUUGACCAGUUUCCAACUGUAUCUUGCCUUUUCACCCAUCUCCGCCACCCGUGCGUCGGCGGGUACUGUACAUAUAC